AACCAAGUUAUAAAUUAUGUUCAGGUUUUGUGGGAACACAUAGAACCUUCUCAGAACUCCACCAUAUAUAAUGGAGGUGUAGAGGCUGUGUCUACUUUCCUGGGUGCAUUGUCUUCUCUGUCUGUGGGUUAUGUGAAAGUGAACUGGGAAUUGUCUGGAGAGCUAGCCCUGGCCAUCUUCUCAGCUGUCAAUGCCGGGGCUCUAUUUCUUAUGGACUACAGCACCAACAUCUGGAUGUGCUAUGCCGGCUACCUGAUAUUCAAGUCCUCCUACAUGCUUCUGAUCACUAUCGCCACGUUCCAGAUUGCUGUAAACCUAACCAUGGAACGCUAUGCGCUCAUGUUUGGCAUGAAUACUUUUGUUGCUCUGGCUCUUCAGACCAUCUUGACCAUCAUCGUAGUGGACAGCAGAGGCCUAGGCCUAGAUAUUGUCACUCAGUUUUUGGUUUAUGGAAGUUACUUUGUAGUCAUUGCGGGAAUAUUCUUUGUGCGGAGCCUGUAUAUUAUAGUAGCACUGCGGUGCAAGGGGCCG